GUUCCCGUGCAUUGCUCGAAAUCGUCCACAGUGACGUUUGCGGCCCUAUGCGCGUGAUGUCACAAGGCGGCGCACGAUAUAUCGUUCGUCGAAUUCAAGAAUUUUGCGGAGACGCAGACCGGACAUAAAUUAAAGGCUCUCCAGUCGGACAACGGCAAGGAAUACUGCAACGAGGCCAUGGAUAAUUUUCUCAGAAAAUGUGGAAUACGUCAAAGUUUGACCACGGUCCACACACCAUAGCAAAAUGGCGUUGCAGAGCGCAAAAAUAGGACACUCAUCGAGUCUGCACGUUGCAUGCUUUUGCAAUCAGGGCUCUCUCCCUCCUUCUGGGCCGAAGCAGUUGCCACUGCGUGUCACAUUCAGAAUAGAUGUGUGACACGAAGUCUUGACGAAGGUACACCUUACGAUAAAUGGACCGGUAAGCCUCCUUUUAUAGGCUAUUUUAAAAUUUUUGAUAGUAGAGUUUUCGUACUCGAUAAAACACCGAAUAAAUGGAAAUUCGAGAAAAAAUCAAGGCAAGGAGUGUUCGUAGGUUACUCCGAAGAUAGGAAAGCCUAUCGCAUUUGGAUCCCAGACGAGAAGAAAAUUGUCACAUCGCGUGAUGUCAAAUUUCUGGAUGAAUUUGGGCCAAAGACCGAAUACAAGGACUUCGUAUCAGAUAGUGAAGAAGCCUUGAAUAAACAACAUAUUGAGGUACUUCCAUAUCACCAUGUUGCAGAUAGCCAGUCAAGGAAUAAUGAUGAUCUGGAGACGUCGCAGGCUCCUGAAGAAGAAAACCCUGAUGGCAAUGUUGAGAUCAAUCGUAACCAAGAUGCCAAUGCCUCUACCCCAUCGACGAGACGUGGACAUGGUAGGCCUCGCCUCGUGCGUAUUGGAGGUCAUGGUCGCCCAUUGAAAGUCUAUUGUCAGACACGCGUAGCCACCGAUCGUAUCCAGGAUAAUCGUACCGUAGUCGAAGAUGUUAGAGAUAACUGCAUCGCAACGACUCAAACCAACGAAGUUCGCAACGCAUCCGAAAACGAAGGCGAACUGUCAUCGAAUAAAGUGUCUCAAGACACGAAUCAAGAUCGUGAUCGUGGAUCGGUGGAUGAUGAUGAGGAACUAGAAUGGCAUGAUGCUGGCUUUGCAAUGAGUGCAUCAGAAAUAUCGUGUACUCAGGCUCUGAAUGGUCCGGACGCCGAAGAAUGGAAGGAUGCCAUUUACACUGAAAUCAAGAAUCUUGUUGCAAACGACACUUGGAUGUUGGUAAAUAAACCGAAUAAUCAAAAAUUUGUUGAUUGCAGGUUCGUGCUCCGAAACAAAUAUAAUGCCGAUGGUAGCUUAGAAUGUCGAAAGGCCAGUUCUGUAGUAACUAUCAGAAGAUCCACUGGCUGGCUGCGAAAAGAGUUCUUCGGUAUCUUAGGGGAACUGCAACUCAUGGGCUCAUUUACAAGAAGGGCCAAAAAGAAUUAAUUGGCUAUGUCGACGCCGACUGGGCAAAUUGUGCACUCGAUCGAAGAUCUUUUACUGGUUUUGUUUUUA